AUGUCGAUUAUGCAAUACAAUGGUGGCUCGGUGGUAGCCAUGGUGGGAAAGAACUGUGUCGCCAUCGCAGCUGACAAGCGUCUCGGCCAGCAAUUCAUGACCGUAUCGACCGAAUUCCAAAAGAUCUUUAGAGGUGCCGAAAAAUCGUUUAUUGGCCUUCCAGGUCUUGCCACAGACGUCCUCACACUUGCUGAACGUUUCCGUUUCAAAAUCAACAUGUACAAGAUGCGUGAAGAACGAGAGAUUGAACCCAAGACAUUAGCUCACAUGGUGUCAUCCACUCUUUAUGAACGACGAUUUGGACCCUACUUUGUGGAGCCAGUGGUUGCAGGAUUGGGCAAGGACAAUCAGCCAUUCAUAUGCUCCAUGGAUCUUAUUGGAUGUAUCAAUUUCGCCAAAGACUUUGUUGUGAGCGGUACAGCAGGACCCAACUUGUAUGGCAUGUGCGAAUCAUUGUGGGAACCCGAUCUUGAACCAGAGGACUUGUUCGAAACCAUUUCACAAGCAUUGUUGAAUGCUCAAGACAGAGAUGCUUUGUCUGGUUGGGGUGCCGUUGUCCACGUCAUCACGCCUGAUCAAAUCAUCACACGAACGCUGAAAGGACGCCAGGACUAA